AUGGCUGGAUUUGAAGUCGUCAAGGCUAAAACCUGUGCAUUGCCACAGUACUCCCAAGCCGUCAUCUUUGGUGAUACCGUGUACUGCUCUGGUGAUAUUGGUGCCGUCCCUGGCACUGACUGGAAGUUGGCCGAAGGCACGGUGAAGGACAGAGCGAGACAAGCCCUCAGCAACUUGACUGAAAUACUCAAGACUGCGGGUAGCAGCCUUGAAAAUGUGUACAAAAUGACUAUCUACAUCACCAGGAUGGACAAUUUUGCGCUUGUCAAUGAGGCCUAUGAUGAGUUUUUCACCUGGGACAGGAAGCCUGCUCGAUGCUGCAUUGCUGUGUUCGAACUACCACUUGGCACUGACGUGGAAAUUGAGGUCAGCGCAUACCUGGAUAAAUAG